AUGAAUCAAACAACAGAGCAGCGCGAUUAUGGAGUAACGCCUCCAAUUUCUCGAGAUGGACCUUCACCGCAAGAAAUUACGCUUGCUGCAGAUCUCAUGACAGAACUAAAGGGAACAUUCGAGUCUGCAGAGGAAGGGCGGACUCGCGAAGCGGUCCUCGGAAGGGUUACCAAGCUCGUCAAAGAGUUUAUCUACCAAGCGUGCAUACGAAGAAAUCUCAGUGAGGCAGCUGCAAAAGCUGCAGGAGGCAAAAUCUACACGUUUGGAUCCUAUCGUUUAGGUGUACAUGGACCAGGCUCUGAUAUCGACACUCUCGUCGUCGCUCCCAAACAUGUCGACCGACAGGAUUUCAUGGAAAUUUUCUUGGACCUUCUCCAAAAGGACGAUUGGGUCGAAGAAGCCAACCCAGUGCCAGAUGCAUACGUGCCGGUGAUCGAUGCAAAGAUCAAGGGUAUCUCUAUGGACUUUACAUUUGCCCGGCUAGCUCUCUCUGUCAUUCCAGACGACCUUGAACUUGGUGACGAUUCUCUCCUCAAGAAUCUCGACGACAAGUGCGUCCGUAGUCUUAACGGGUCACGGAGUACAGAUGCGAUUCUUCGUCUGGUGCCAAACGUGCAUGUAUUCCGCGACGCAUUGCGUGCAAUCAAAUAUUGGGCUCAGCGGCGAGCAAUCUACUCCAACGUCAGUGGAUUCCUGGGGGGCAUCGCUUGGGCAUUGCUUGUGGCCCGAGUUUGUCAGCUGUACCCCAAUGGUAACGCGGCAACCAUUGUUCGACGGUUCUUCCUCAUCAUGUCCAUGUGGAAAUGGCCUCAACCCGUCGUGCUAAAGAAGAUCGAGGAGGGAAAUCUUAAUAUGCGUGUGUGGAAUCCCAAGAUUUAUCCGUCUGAUAGAGCACACAAAAUGCCGAUAAUCACCCCAGCUUAUCCGUCAAUGUGCUCAACUCACAACGUGAUGAACUGCACCUUUGAGAUCAUACAAGAAGAACUCAAGCGAGGGCAAGAACUCAUAGUCCGAAUUACCAAUGGCGAAGCAAAGUGGGCGGAUUUGUUCACAAAGCACACUUUCUUCAGCCAGUAUCAGUACUAUCUUCAAAUCAUCGCGUCCUGUGAUGAUGAAGAGAUUCAAAAGAAAUGGUCUAAGACUGUCGAGUCGAAAGGACGUCAGCUUGUUGGCAAGCUCGAAGAGUCUGGCACGUUGGCUCGGGUGCAUCCUUUCGUCAAGGGUUUCAACAAGACAUACUAUACUGUAACCAUGCAAGAGCACGCCGAUAUUGUGCUAGGAAACGUUCCCCCUGCAGUUGCGAAUCGGACAGAGGAAGAAGCAAAGCAGAUUGAGUCUAAUGAGCGUCAGGUCAUCCACACUACCACUUUCUACAUCGGCAUGGAGAUUACUCGGCCACCACCAUCUGUCACUACGACAGGCCCACGAAAGCUGGAUAUUUCUAUUCCCACUAGUGAGUUCAUGAAGACCGCACGCAGUUGGGAGUUAUACCAGAACGAUAUCAUGGGUAUUGCUGUUCGCCACAUCAAAAAUUCGGCACUUCCCGACGAAGUUUUUGAAGGUGCUCCUCGACCAAGAAAGGGCCUCAAGCGUGUAGCGAAAUCCAAAGUGCCCAUUGAUGGAGAAGGUGCUCAAGCCACCAAGCGACGACGACCGAGCGACGACGGACAGACACCGACUCCCGUGAACCCUCAAAGUCUUGUGCCAGCACAGCUACCCGCAAUACCGGCCUCUGAUUUCGCGCAAGCUGGUCCCCCCAAAACGCCGGACCCUAUUGGCAAUCCCAACGGUGCGGUCACGGAAGCCUCUGCCAACGGGGCCGUCCAAGUCACACCAAGGAAUGGCAAGCCUCAGCCUCAAGCCGCCGCUUCGUGA